AUGACCUUUUCAGGUUCAAGGUUCAGCGAUCUAUGUCAUUGCGCCUUCUCAACAGGGCCGCCCUGGGCACCUGUAUCUGCAGGAUUCUGGGGCCGAAUAUCAAUCCCUGAAUAG